UCAUGCUGCUGCCAGGUCCACAGUGUCUCAUGGGUCCCUGUACGGCCCUCCCAUUGCUGCUGUCUCCAUCGCCACACUCUGCCAUGUGCCACUUUCAGGUCUCCUCACACUGCUGGUGUGUUCCAUUUUUUGUCAUAGGGUGCUGGCAGAUUACGGGCCUCCCAUUGCUGCUGCCAGGCCCGUAAUCUGCCAUGGGCCCCCGUACCGCCUCCUCAUGCUGCUGCCAGGUCCAGAGUCUCUCAUGGGUCCCUGUACGGCCUCCCAUUGCUGCUGUCUCCAUCGCCACACUCUGCCAUGUGCCACUUUCAGGUCUCCUCACACUGCUGGUGGGUUCCAUUUUU